ACGGUCACACCGAAAUUAGGUCACAUGAUAUUCACCUGACCAGUUUCUGUAUUUGAUGAGAAAAUUCUGAACUUUGGCAAAAAUAACGUACCAAAAGACGGCAAAAUGAAAAUCUGUGGUCCAAAAUUAUCCCUUUGUGGUUUGAUUAUCUCCGUUUGGGGAAUUGUUCAACUGGUACUGAUGGGGCUCUUUUUCUAUAUCAAUAGUGUGGCCCUUAUUGAGGAUUUGCCCUUAGGAGAGGAGUUCCAUACUCUGGAUGAAUUUUAUGCAGCUGCGAAUAGAGCGUACAAUCAGAACGCCUACAACUGCUGGAUCGCAGCAUGCAUUUACGUGUUAACAUUGUUGCUCUCUGCGCAACAAUUCUACAUGAAUAGCAGAGUAACUGCCAAUUAAUUAUUUCAAUUUUAGAUUUCCAGCUGGUUCUUGUAGUCAGUUGUCGAUUUAUAAUGUACUGGUGUAUUCAUCAAAGAUGCACUAAAAAAUAGUAUUGAAAUGUUCAGUUGAAGAUAUUUGUUAAACCCUUAAUUAUUGUAUAAUUGUAUAAUAUUCCCUUACGUGAUGUCGUUGAAGUAUAAUUUGGGUCAUAUGUUGUAAUCUUUACACUAAACACCACAGAUAUACAGUAUGCACAUGUAAUACAAUUGUUUUUGUUCAUGAAAUACAUUCCGUCUUGGUUAAA